AUGGACGACAGGGCUACGUACCAAGCGCUGCACGAUUACUUGUUCGAGAAUGAAUCGGCUCUCGAGAUCUCGUUCGCCGAGUUUCAAGAGUGCUUUCCCAAGAAACAUCAGAAAUCGGCAGAAAUCAAGCGAUUGUACCAGGAGGUGAAGAAGGGGCAGCAGGAAGCGAAGCGAACAGUCGUGGCCAAUCUGAAGAGCGAGUAUGCGUUGGUGAGGGGCCGGCCUGAGGACGAAGAGAUCAAGGAGACCCUUGCGGUGCUCAAGGAGGUCGAGCAGGACCUGGAACCAGAGUACAAGCACGCGGUAGAGGACCUGGUCGAUCUGCAAGAGCAACUGCACACGCUGGAAGACAAGCUCAACAAUCUGGCCGAGCACGACCGACCCCUCAAGAAGGCAAAGUUCGACCUGCCCGCCCUCCACGAUCUGAAGGACCGAUUAAACGUUGAUUGA